AUGAACUUCUUCAGGCGGAAAGCGCAGGUUCAGCCGGCACCGGACCGCGAGCCCCAGAAUCCGUCACCUGCCGGGAAACCCGGCGCAAUUGUCGGCACUGAGCGGUCCGAUGGCGGCGCAAGCGGCGGCGGGAAGCUCGCCGCGAUUGGCGGCGCGACGGACGGCGUGGUUCGCGCUGUGUCGAGCGAUUGGAUGGGCCGGCCGGACCUCAAGGGGGAAGAGCACGUGCAUAUCCACGUGCCGGGGACGCUCGGGGUCUUGGCUCGGCCCAAUGCUACCCUGGCGGAGAUCUGGGAGGCUCGGCCGGACCUGCUAGGCUCGGGGCGGCGGUAUUUCCUGACCACGCGGCUUCGGGGGGAGACGGGGGGGGGCAAGGGGGGCGCGGGGGCCCGCGGAGGCGGAGCGGGUGGGGUGGAGCGCGCGAGUGCUAAGGUUGAGGUGCUGUUUCGGGGGGGAGACAGACUGAGGGCGGGUCUGAGGCUGGGCGGGGGGGAGGUGGAGGUGCUGUUUGGAGGGGGAGACAGGCGGAGAGCGGGGCAGAGAUGGGCAGGCGCACUACUGGCUGGGUUUGCUGGAAUAGUGUGUGAUGGCCGCGUGGAGGAGGUCCCAGGAGGCACCACGCUGCAGCAGCUGUGGCGGCGGCACCCCACCCUGCAACCAGCACUAAUAUGCUUGUGCCUCCUUCCCUCCCUCUUCUCCUGCUCCCCAGCAUGUGACGGCCGUACCGAAGAGGUCCCAGGAGGCACCACGCUGCAGCAGCUGUGGCGGCGGCACCCCUCUCUCUGCGACGGCCGCCGCUACUUCCUCGUCACUCACCCUCACACGAGCAAUCAUGCUCACACAAGCACCGCUGCUGCUGCCGCUGCUACUCGUGGUGGUGGUGGUGGUGGUGGUGCCAGCGCGGCUGCUAAUCCCGGUGCUGCGGAUGAUGCUGAUGUGCUGUUUCGCCCUCAGGACGUGUUACAGGCAGGGGCUUGUUACCGCGCUGAGCCGGUUAGAGGACCGCUAGCCUCGAUGCUGGCAGGGGUGCCUCAAGGCACAGCGGCUCUGUCUCAAGACCCCACUCCACCGCUCUCAACCGCCACCAUAGAGCUCCCAGACGGCAGCACGCGGGACGUGGAGGCAGGGUUGACUCUCAGGGAGGUGCAUCGCAAGCUGUCGGACCACUGCGGCCGGCUGGCAAAGCUCGUCCUGCUCCCUGCUGCGGGCGGCAAUAGCACAGAGGGUGGUGGUGCUGCCGAUGGUGGUGAUGGUGCUGGUGGUGCUGCCAGUGCUGCCGGUGGUGGUGCUGCGUCAACUGCUGCGUCUGCUGGUGCUCUCAGUGAUGCCGGUGCGACCACUGGUGCUUCUGCUGAUGGCAGCAAAUCUCAAAGCAAUAGCAACAGCAACAGCAACAGCAACAGCAACAGCAGCAGCAACAGUGUCACCAAGAGAUCCCUGCGGCUGCAUGAGAACGAUCCAGAGGUGCUGCUGCUGCCGCACGACACGGUCAAGGCGGGUCGGCGCUACAAGGCUCAGAUAUUCUACCCCCAGCGCACGCCAGACAAUUCUCCCCUGCACCACCUCCCCUCCUUUGCCACGCCCUCGUUCAACGCUCCUUCCCCCCUCGCCUCCUCCCCGCCUCCCACCUUGAAGCUUGAUCCGCUCUUCGCCGCUGCUGGCGCUGCUACAGCUGCUGCUGCUGCUGGUGUUGCUACUGCUGGUGCGGCUGGUGGGAGUUUCAAGGUUCGCCCACCGCACUCUCCGCUUCGCCCCUCUGUCGCUCGCUCACAUUCCUCCGACAAUCCAUCGCCAGAACUCCGCGCUGCUGCUGCUCCUGUUAUCGGAGCUGCUCCUAUCGAGUACAGAAUCGCUGGUUACACUGUCUCUGGUAACACGGUCAUGGCUCCCUUUGCUGAAACUGGUCCUGCUGCUGCCGCCGCUGCUGCUGCUGCUGGUAACCAGGUUUCCCUGGCUAGUGUUACACGCUCUCACACAGUUGGGCAGCCGGGCAAAUGGGGAGGAAGCAACGAAAUUCCAAAGGACCCCUCUGCAACCACUAGUACCACUGCCUCUGCUGCGUUGGGGGAGAAGGCAAGGUGGGAGGGUCAGGCUGAAUUGCUGCAGCAGGGAGAAAAUCAGGGCCAGAGUGGGAUAUUCCAAGGUGCCCUUGGGAAAUUCUCACAGUUUUUCAAGUGA